UGAGAAACUCUGUUUUGGAAUCGCGAGACCCCGCAACAGCUCGAAGUUUGUCCCUCUGGGGCUUCCGUAGCUGUUUCUGUCACUGUCAUCAUCAGCAGCAGUAUGGCGAGCUCCAGUGGUGUAGUGAUGGACGGGGACUUCUUGAGACAUGCUGAAUACACACCGAAAUCCAGCGGGCAGAGUGAGACAGAUGUUGACAAACGCCUUGGUGGCUGUCUGAUGGCAGUGGGACUGGGAGUUGCAGCGGCAGGGUUUGCAGGUCGAUAUGCAUUCCACUUAUGGAGGCCUUUGAGUCAGGUUAUUACGGAAGCUGCUAAGAAGGUACCCACUUCGUCAUUUUCUGCAUACUACAAAGGUGGAUUUGAGCAGAAGAUGACCAGCCGGGAAGCCAGCCUUAUUCUCGGGAUCAGUCCGAGCAGCACUAAGGCAAAGGUACGGGAAGCCCACAGAAGGAUCAUGGUCCUAAAUCAUCCAGAUAAAGGUGGAUCCCCGUAUUUGGCAGCUAAGAUCAAUGAAGCGAAAGAUCUGCUUGACUCUGGCCCUCGCCGCUGACCCAGCUUCCCCAACAGAGACUUACAUCUACUUCAGAGCCGCCAACUGACCCAUGAGCCUCCACAAGUCACUGUUCUCCUCCAUGUUUUUCUGCCAUAAAUCAGCUGACUUUCAGCACAUUGCGCUCUGUUCUAGCUGUCACUGCUCCUCACCGCCACUGUAAUGCAAGUCGGCAAAGGUUGAUCCUUCACGUAAAACGAUCUUCAUGCUGUCCAUGUGAAAUAUCUCACUGUAAUCUUUAUUAUUUAUUGAGGUGACUUCUGUAAUGUUUAAGGUCUGCUGUAAAAUCUGGUGGAUACAGAAUAUCAUUUCCAAUGGUCUAAAAAGUUUCUCCCUAAUCCGCAGGGAGUGGCUAUUGUGAGUAUUUUUAUAUUUGUUUAUACGCUGCCAUUUUCCUCCUGCUGUGCUCUGACUGAUGCCUGUCUGGUCUGCACAUGAUCUGACGGAUCCACGCAGGAACGGAGCAGCUGGGAUUAAACAGAGGGACAGUCUGGACACUGUUUGUCAGGCUGAGAUUAAUACCACGAUUCAAGCUGCACAAACCAGUAACACGUUAUUGCAAAGGGAAUAAAAAGCAAGCAGCAGUGAAAGAAAUUGCUUCUAGGAUGCAUUUUAGAUUUCAUUUCCUUGAGAGCAAUGUCGAGAUACAUUCAGAAUAGAGUAUUAGCUUGUGCCUACUGCCUACUCUUUUUCAAAAAUAACUUGUCAAAUGAAGGCAUUAUUACAUCAUAAACAUAUCAAGCAGUUUUAUGCUUUGUUGCUGUCAUAUGAUCUCAUUGUUUUAGAUGUGAGAUGCAUCCAGUCAUUAUAAUGGAAAACGGAUAUGGUUGUAAUCAAUUAAAUUAAAUUUAAUGCAAAAAUAACUACCACUUUGUUUAAAUGCGUCCUAGUUACAAAUUACAUGUAUUUCACUGUAAUAAUAAUAAUAAUAAUCACCUAGUUAGACUUAAGAAAUGUAGUUGCUGCUACAAUUAUUUUGAUGAUACUAAAGCAAAUGUAAAGUGAUAUAGAAAAACACACUAAGGUUAAAAUUGUAAUUUAUUGCAUUGUAAGUUAAUAUAUUUAAGCAUGCUUAAUUGCAACUUAAUCAUUACAAAUGUGUAAUUACAAAUAUAUUUUAAUAGAAAUUGUUUUAUUUUACCAUGAAUGUUUAUCAGUAAAUGCGCUAGUCUACAAUUUGAAAAGAACUAUCUUAAGUUCAAUUAAUUGCAUUUAGUAUAAAUUUAAAUUAUAAUUAAUUGUAGUUUUUUUGCAGACAACAUGCAUUUAAGUGUCUGAAAACAUUACAUUGAGUUUGCAGUUAUGUAAAUAUCUUUUAAUUAUAUUAAAUGCUCUUUAAAUGCUUAAAUGCUCUUUUUUUUUUAAGUAUGCUACUUUCUUCACAAAGAUAGUCUAUAUAAUAUGUAAGUUUUCCACUUGCUGCUUAUGAGACCCAGCCACUGAAUUUCUGCUGCAAAACAGGAGGUUAUCUUUGUUCAUUGUUCCAGAUGGACUAACAUGAACAUUAAGCCAGAUCGUUGCAGAAUGAAUGCGAGUUGAAUGCCAUGGAAAGACUGGAUUGGUCCAGUUCAGUUUCCAAAUGUUCUGUUUGAUUAUAGCAAUGAGAUCUCGUGAAAGCUUGAGCCUACAAAUAAAGCCCAUUGAGGUGUGUUUGGCACACUUAUGAAAUACUUGCCACUUUGAGUGUUGCCCUGCUCUGGCCUCGCUCCUGUAGCUGGCUUUAUUUACUGCUACAGCCUGCUUCCUUUCGCCUGACCCUGUUAAAACUGAUCAAAAGCUAGCGUGUUGCUUGCCAGGACAGAUAACUGGGAAUGUUGUCCCACACUGUGUGACACGAAACCUGUCAUUGUCCCGACUUCAUGUAUAACAGGGAUAAAAACCCUGAUUCUGGCUGAAGUUGCAUUCUGUCGUAAGAUGGUGUUGCUCUGACCACCUUGUGACUGCGGCUAUUUUCUGCCUCUGCUUACUGUGAAAGCAGCAUGGAGUCCCUGAGCAAGUCUGUUCUCCGCAGGUUUCUCUCUGUCAGGGUGGAUUUCCAUUAAACAGUUAAAAAAAAUGUAAAAAAAUAAAUAAAUAAAUAAUGCCCAAUUUA